GCGGAGUGCGAGGAUUCGGCUCUUUCUGCUCCCGAGCACGUUCUCGUGCUCGUUGUCGUGAAGUGACGUAAACAUGGCGCUUAACCUCACCGUCAAGGUACAUCCUGUGGUUUUAUUCCAAAUCGUCGAUGCUUACGAACGACGGAAAGCGGAAUCCCUGCGGGUCAUCGGGACCUUAUUGGGCACUGCGGAAAAAGGCAUCGUCGAGGUGACCAACUGCUUUUGCGUGCCGCAUAAGGAGUCCGAGAGCCAAGUGGAGGCUGACCUUACUUAUGGCAUGGAUCUGUACGAUUUGAAUCACAGAGUCAAUGCGCAAGAGAACAUCGUUGGUUGGUGGGCCACCGGCAACGAGGUUACUACGCAUUCAUCUGUCAUACACGAGUAUUACGUGCGAGAAUGUAAUAAUCCGGUGCAUUUAACUGUUGACACCACAUUAGCGAAUACCACGAGAAUGGCGAUUAAAGCUUACGUGUGUGUCCCAUUGGGAGUACCCAAUGGCAAGCAAGGAUCCAUGUUCACACCGGUUAAAGUGCAGAUUACAUGUUAUGAACCAGAGGUUGUGGGACUGCAAUUAUGUUCCAAGACUCAAUUGCACUCUCAUGUGCCACCACCUAGCAUGAAAUCUGGUGGAGGUAUAGAGCCUAUGAUGGAUCUUGCACAGGUCGCAGAAGCUUGUUCCAAGCUCUCUCUAAUGCUGGAGCAGGUACUCGCAUACGUCGAUGAUGUUUUGGCUGGGAAACAAUUACCAGAUAAUCAGGUGGGCAGAGCGCUCUUGGACAUGGUGCAUUCCGUGCCGAAGAUGUCCAGCGAUCAGUUUGAUGAGAUGUUUAACAGUAACGUGAAAGACCUUCUGAUGGUAGUGGCGUUAUCUCAACUGAUCAAAACCCAGUUGCAACUCAACGAAAAGCUCACGCUACUGACGACUCUGUAACGGAAAGUGUCUAACCGCAUUGUGUAUAAAAAUUUGAAGACAAUUCAAUAAUAAGAACGGUUUUUCUUCUAUA